UCAUGAAGUUUCUCUUCUUAUCAAGUCGUCAAAAUGUAAACGUAUUGGUUUGUUAUAAUAACCAAACUUAGAAGAAUUAAUCGACUUUAUCUGAAAUAUUGAAUAUAACUAGUAAGAGUCACACAGCUUCACGUGUACGAGGCAGGCAGACCGUAGCUGACAACAACAUCUGGACGUUUGUAUCAUGGCGAAGAAUAAGCAAAAAGGGAAAAAACAGAAGAAUGUCUUUCAAGUCGCAAACAAGCACUUGAAGCCCAAGAACAAAGCCAAGCCAGUCACAACAACACUCAAACACAUCAGUGCGGUGAAAAACGAGAAGGUGGAGAACCUCAAUCAGAUUUUCACAGAAGUCCAGAGGGAUGUUAAGAGCGUUUCAAAGUCUGUUGCUCCGCAGCCGAAGAAACAAACACAGAUUUUCUUUUAUAUUAAAAGCAAGAAACUCCUGGUCGUCAGAGAGCCGCCAAAGGAAUCUGUAAAUGUCGACAAUGCUGCUCAACUCUUCUCUCAGCUAUAAUGGACCGAGACAGACAGUGACUAACUGCUGGACUGUAUUUUUCUCCAUGUUGGACAUUUGAAAGUCAGUUUACUUCCAAUUCAUCCUGACGUUUAAUGCCAAAAUGAGGACUGCGGAUAAGUAAAAAUCUAGUGGCGGUUACGCUGAUUGCGCGAUGCGUAAUUUAAGCAUUCUGUAUAUUAAAUGCAAUGAAAUGUAACAGAUUGACAGACUUGUGUACUGUCGAUAGGGAUAUUUUCUAUUUUUAUUGAUGCAUAUUCUCUUGUGUAGAAAUGCUUUGUUUCACUAUCUAUUAAUCUGCUGAUUAUUAUCUUAAUUGUUAACUUGUUUUGUUCACGAAAUAUCAGAAAAUAGUGACAAGUCCCCAUUAUUUAUUGGAACCCAUGGUGAUAUCUUUUGAAUCUUACUUUCCAGACAAACAGUCCAAAUCGGUUACAAAAUACGGAAUAGUUAAAACUCUGUUAGCUAUCAUGUUCAACGGAUAACAUCAGCAGACCUUCUCAUUUGAGCAAAUACCAAGUGGUUGCAUAAUAAUCUAUUUGCUAAUUGAUUUAAAGGUGCUUUAUGUAAGAAUUUUAAUUAAGGUGCACCCCUUGGCUAAUUGCACGGCUAACAAAGCUAACUAGUUAAGGGCAGCUACAGUUUUUACAGUUUCACAGGUUUUACUCUGGUGAUAUGCUGCCCUUUAUUUGUUAUGAGAAUGAAUCUGACAGGCAGCCAGUUCUUACAUAUUGCACCUUUUGAUUAAUCGCUUGUUUUUGCUCUACCUCCUUUACUUCCUUGCUAUGGAUGCAUUGUCCUUCAUCAUCUUGAAUCUGUUCCUAGUUAAAGGCAACCAAGACGUUUAUGUUGAACAUCGUAUUUUUACAAAUAAUUUCAUCACCGUGCACAAUUUAUCAUACCCCCCUUUUUUUUUUUUUAGUUUUGUUUCGCCAGGCAGUUUUCACACUUUUUUUUCUCUCCAUUCUCCUCGUUCCUCGGAUUGAAUGCAAAUGAAGUCACAGAUUGUUGUGACUGGUGUUUGUAGUGAUGAAAGUGUUCGCCUCAAAGAGUUUUGCUACCAUCGCUUCUUAUGGAAAUCAUUCAAAUUUCAUGUAGAAGUUGUUGGCACAAAACAAUCACAGAAUUUAAAUGAGAAACUCACAUGUACAGGACAGCAGCAUCAUUAAAUGUGUAAAUCUGCACUGAUUAUUUUCUUUUUAGAUGUUUUCCUAUUGCUGUACUGGACUGAUUCAUAUCAUCAGUUGUUUCAGAUUCUAUUUUUGUCCACCCCUUUAUUUAUUUACCGGCGUCCUGUCAGGGCUUCACACUAUCAUUUCUAUCAGGAGUGCACCUGAGGAUGAAGUUAUAGAUUUUUACAGCUCCAUGCGAGCUGUCAUCAGUAUGCUGCCGCCGCAACUUGACAGCAGAGUUCACAGAUGUGCUGGUACCCGGCUGAUUGCUUGUGUACGUGGCGACCUCUGGCUGAGUUAGUUGGUCAAUAAAUCUGACGAAGGUGAUCGCAUGAAUGAGGCUGGUAAACAAAACACAUCAGUGCAUUGUCAUAAAUAAAGGUUUUCAAGGUUGAGGCAGCUGUAAUGUGCAAACUGUAUACAGCAGUGACAUAUUACCUUUGAUACUGAUAUGAUGAAAUUGUUAGCAAACAGUUGCCUUUUUAACCACAACAAUCAUUUAGA